UAAAAUGGCGAAAGUUGUACAGUAUUUGAAAAAGACAACUGGAUUAACUGGGCUUGCUGUCUCGAAAAAUCCAAGAGAGACUCUUAUCUCUGUUUAUAAUAAAACUUUGGAUGUUCUUUCUACCAUGCCAAGUACUGCUGUUUAUAGAACAUCAACUGAAAACCUAACAAAACAGAGAAUAAAACUAGUUGAAAUGGAGGGAAAUAUUGAAGAACUUGAAAAGAAAAUUGGUUGUGGUCAAAUAGAAGAAGUGAUAGAACAGGCAAAUGAUGAAUUAUCAUUGGCAGAAAAAAUGCGAGAAUGGCAACCAUGGGAGCCUUUACAGACUGAACCUCCACCUGAUCAGUGGAAAUGGCCAAUUGGAAAAUCCACAUAGAUAAGCAUUUACUAAUUUACUAAGAUAUUAUGUUAAAGAUUUGUAUUAUAUUGUUGGCAAGACAAGUUUCAUUAUAUGUGAAGCAACACCUGGACAACAUUUGUUUUAAUGUGAUGAGAUGAGACUACUACUUUUUUUUAAAAUUACCAAUUUUAAUUU